AGAAUUAUGCUUAAAUGGGAAUUGACGCUUCAAUGAGAAUAAGCCCUGUAGAACAUAUCAUGGGUCUUAAGUCUGGGGUUGCCACACCUGUGGGCACAAUGGCACCCUCGAGGAUUCGUACAACUUGACAGGUGCAACGCCCCAAGGAAUGCUGGGAAACGUGGCCGACGCCGCCGGCAAAGGAUGCCGGGAACUGUAGCUUCAUUAAGAGCCGCUCCAGAAGAUCCACCUUCGCUGUUAACAGCCGACUUGGUGACGUCAGCGCCCGCCUCCUCCCCCUCCCCAAAAGUUCCCGCGCGGGGCCGGAAUAUCUCCUCAUAAAACGGGUACCGCUCUAACUAAACGUUCAUAGAUAGAUAAAUACAUAGAUAGAUAUAGAUAUCCCAUGAGGAGGAGAAAGAAGCCCAACGGCUCCUCCCCGCCUCACCCGCGCGCCCGGAAGUCUCGUCUCGGACCAGGCCCGCGAGGCAGCGGAAGUGACGUCGUGGCCAUAUAUGGGCGCAUGUUAUGGCGGAGCCCGUGAGGCAGAGGUAAGUUUUAAGGAAGGGGAGCGGGUCCGGAGGGAGGAUAGAUUUCUCCUCUCACACACCCCCCUUAGAAUCUUCGGUUCUGCUCCGUUCCAUUCCCCUCCCUCCGAUUUAUCGCGGGAACGGCGGGGGGGGGGAGGGGAGGAUGGCGCGUUCCUCUCGGCCGCCGCUCUUCCUGGCCUUCGAUUGGGUAAGGGCGGAAGGCCCGGCUCCUUCGCUUCUCCUCCGACUCCUGGCGGGGCGGCUCUUCUAUGACACGCGAGUGGGCCCGCGUUCACACGUGAACGUGCCCAACGAGGCCGGGUCCUGGCGCCUUGUGGGGAUUGCCAGCUGGCUGCCUUGUCACCCUGCCACAAUGCCCUGUGGGGUUGUGUCAGCCGGCUUCUCUCCCUUCAAGGGCAAUAACCAGCUGCCAACUCGUGCUCCCCUUACUGGCGGGCUCGCACCCCCCCCCCAUCUCCCCUUUUGGGGACGGUGGGGUUUGGUGGCCUGCCAGCAUCUGGAUGGUUAUGGGGCCCCCCACUUGAGGUACACACCUUUGUAUUUCCACAUAUGUCACCACCAGCCCCACCUCGGGAAACCUAGAGUUCAUAUAUAUAUAUAUUUAACUUUACUGAUAUUAUUGGAGGCUUUUGCAGCUGCUUAUUGUUUUGCAGGAUCUAUAUGCCACUUGAUCAACAAAACAAAUCAAUGUUUUAUGGCACUUGUUAUUUCAGGCUGUAUGUUGCCCUAGGCUGCUGCUGCUGCUGCUUUUUUCACAGAAGGGUGGCUUGUAAAUGGACCAAAGAAGUACAGCUUUAGUUCUAGUCCUGAUGUUAACAACCGCCCUGUUUUAGAGAUACCUGUAGCAUAUGGCGAUGGUGGCUGACAAGUGGUGUAAUCUGCAUCUUUGUUGUUUUACUUUUCUGUAGGUUAAUUACACCGGAUAAUUGUUCAGAUACUUAACUUACAAAACUACAAAGUGAUGGUACUGUACUAGCUUCAAAAAGACACUAACCAAAUUCAUUUGUUGUACAAACCAGGUGAUUUAAUUUUUGUUAAUAGAAAUAUUAGCUUGUUUAGGUCUGCUUUAUUUUCAAAGUGCUCUUUUUAAGAAAGAGCAAUUUCAGAAAGUCGCAUCUUUUCCCCCCUUUCUAGAUGAGCUAUUUUUGCUGGAAGAAUAACAGGAUUUCCCCCAUAUUGAUUUUUGUACAUUGGCAUUAGUAAUUCGGAGCUUGAAGUGGAUUGACAGAAAAAAUGAAGAGUGGAGUAACACAGAUAAAUGUAAGUAUUUUAAAGAGUAUGCUCUAUGCUGGCUCCACGAUUUGGGGGCGUUCUCAGACAAGACACUUUUCAGUGAGUCCACAUCACCUAGUCUGCAUGGUGGUGCUGUGGUCUAAACCACUAAGCCUCUUGGACUUGCUGAUCAGAAGGUUGGCGGUUCGAAUCCAUGUGACAAGGUGAGCUCCAGUUGCUCUGUCCCAGCUUAAGCACACCAGUGCAAAUAGAUAAAUAGGUACCGCUGUGGUGGGAAGGUAAACAGCAUUUCCGUGCGCUCUGGCUUCCGUCAUGGAGUCCCAUUGCACCAUAAGCGGUUUAGUCAUGAUGGCCACAUGAUCCGGAAUGUUGUGGACAAACGCCAGUUCCCUCUGCCUAAAGCGAGAUGAGCACUGCACCUCAUAGUCGAAUUCAACUGAAUUUAACUGUCCAGGGGUCCUUUACUUUUACCUUUUUAGCUGGUGAUGGUAACUCCUGCUUUCCAGAGAUAGAUGGCAGAGGAACCAUAGUAGUAACAUAUAUUGGUCGUUAGCUUCCAUGUAAAAUAGGGGAAGCUGUUCUGUACCAGAUCAGAACAUGCAGUAAAGAAUUGUCCAUGUUGAUUGGCAGCUUUCUCGACGCAACAUGGAUACUAGAAUUGAACCUGGGGGACCUUUCGCAUCCAAAGCAUGUGCUCUGCGAAUGAGCUGUGACUCUUUCCUCAUAUAAGAGCUACAUGUAUAUGUGGUCAAUACACAUUCUACUUUCACACAUAGUGGUGUGAAUAUUUUCCCCAACACUCUGUAGGUAAGCAGGCAUAAGUGAAACAGUUUGAGCCUAUGAAAGAAUGUAUCAUAUGAACAAAAGCUAACCAUUAAGUGUCUUAUCUCUUUGUGUAAUAUAAAAAUGGCAUUUUGCAUGUCUAAUAUGGAUAGGGCAUUUUGUGGAGAACCGUUAGAAUCAUAAAGAUGGUAAGAGGGUUUCACAAAUAAUGGCCUUUCUCCCCUGUUCUGUUAAGGGACUCGUUUUCUCAACUGGAUGCCACCUUUUCUUUUUGGGACUUAGUGAAUUGUGAGAAUUGAGUUGAUAUCAAAUACUGACAAAUACCUGGGUGUGAAGGGGAAUAGGGCAGUACUCAGUGAAGUAGUUCUGUUCCUUCAAGGACUUCUGACUGUGCAACAGAAUCUCUCUUCCCUCUCUACUCCCUGUGUGUCCCCUAAAUCUGUUCUGAGAAACUACUUGGUUGGAUGCUGUCCUUUGGUGAUAUACAAAAACAGCUUGCAUAAAAUGCUGGUGGCAGCACAGCUGGAGUUGCUGUGUCCUGCAUUGCACCAUUUUUUAAGAAAAUACAGUGGCUAGAAUCCAAGCAGCCCGCUAUCUGAGUGCAAAGGGCUUUGGCUUAUAAUGGAAGGAGUUGCCUUUUUUAAUUUUCAAACUGAAACCCUUUGUCUGGCAGCAAAUCCCUCUUCAGAGCAUUCAUCAGUUGCCUGGAGCACCUUUAUUGGGGUGUGCAAGGAGCUGCAGUUGGAAAAGUUUUGUUAAGUGACUGGAAGUUGCAUACACAUUCAUUUAGUUUCUAUGUAAGCUAAGGCUUUUACUUUAAUGGGACCAGUACUUUGGAAUGCUCUCCCAUCAACAUAAGUUGUGCACCUAUAAUUUGAUAUUUCAUCUAAUGAAUGAAAUGGUUUUGUUUCUCCAAGCAUCUUUAAGAGAAGAGGGUUUGAAAAUACUGUUAGAAAUAAAUGAAAUACUGUUCUUAGCAUUCUGGCUGGCACUUCUCAUCCUUGAAAUAUCUAAUUUAUUUUGUAUUUAAAGUCCGGUUCUAGUUACGAAAGGAAGGAAGAUUACAGUCUUCGCCGGAGAAGUUCCUCUCCAGAAGACAGGUAUAAACUUUUUUUUUAUGAUUAGUUAUGUAGUUAACAUUUGAUAGAAACAGCAACAUGGGUGCGGGGAGAAGUAUUUUCCUAUUAUUAUAAAAGCUCUGAACCUAAUUAAAACAAUAGCAGUAUUUGGGUUUCAGACUUUUGGGGAAUAAGUAUCACGUGUCCUCUGUUUUAACCAAUGAAAACAAAGAUCAGUAUCGCAACAGGAAAAUAAUUUUUGGAGAGAACAUAAGUUUGAAUCAGUUUGGGGGUGGCGUGCAGGGGAGAAGAGUGGCUGGGAAACCCUUUGCACUAGCAGGAGUCCUUGUGCUGGCUCCAGCCCCUAGCUUCAAAAGCUGUGUGGUGUCCACAGAUACAACAAUGUGUGUUUGUGUGUAGGGGGGAGACUUUGUUUAUAAAUAGCUGCUAACUUUGGCUCUCAAUGUCUGCAUAGGCACGUGGAGCGUCAAAGGUCUCAGUCACCGCAAGGCAGAAGUCAUUCAGAUUACAGGAGAUCUGACCAAAAACAUUCCGAAAGGGGACGUUAUGGAGACAAAUACACCGAGUCAAGGUGAAUGUCUGGAGCUGCUAAAAACAAACACUAAAAUGUUCAGGUUGCAGUUGGUUGCUUCUGUUCUCUAACGUGAUUUUUAAGCAAAAUCAAAGCUACAGCAUGUUACAUACUAAUGUAUGUGAUUGUCAGCUGCUUCUGUGCUUCAUAAAUCUUUGGAAUUUUCUGUCUAUUAGUGGGAGAGAGAGGCAUGAAAGAGAGAGGGAGUCUGACUGGAGAAAGUACCGCAGAUCCCCUUCGCCCGACAGAAGAAAUGCGGCAGAGAGAGCAACACCACAGAGCUCUCUUUCUCAUGAGGAACCCCCUCCAAAGAAGAAGAAAGAGGAUUUGGAUCCAAUUCUCACCCGCACUGGGGGUGCCUACAUUCCUCCAGCCAAGCUUCGGAUGAUGCAAGCACAAAUCACUGAUAAAAAUAGGUGGGUCAAACACACACAUUUCACAUUUGUGCUUAACUGAUGAAUAGUAUUGGGCAAGAUAUUAUUUUAAGGUGGGGAGAAAAACAAAACAGUAUAAGAUUUAGUACUUCCUUCUUGUCUCUCUGACACACAUAUACGCACAUACCCCUUUUGUGCAACAUCAUGCCCCCUGAAAAGUUCGGAAUUAAAAAGUUUGCCACAAUUUUGUGACAUUCUGGUUGGUCCUAAUAAAGAUACUGCUCAGCUGUCGGCUGGGGAAUUUUUAACUGGCCCUGCCCAAAAAACUUGUAGAAAUUGGCUAACCAGGAGCUGCCAUCUUAGAGGGAAGAGACAGAACUGAGAUGGCAAAGUUGGCUGCAGACUUGCUGAGCGGACCCAUUGAAAUGAGUAAUGACCCAUUCACUUCAGUGAGUCUACUCUGACACUGGUGGUGCUGUGGUCUAAACCUCUGAGUCUCUUGGGCUUGUCGAUUAGAAGGUCUGGUUCGAAUCCCUGUGACGGGGUGAGCUCCCAUUGCUCUGUCCCAGCUCCUGCCAACCUAGCAGUUUGAAAGUGUGCCAGUACAAAUAGAUAAAUAGGUACCACUGCGGUGGGGAGGUAAAUGGCAUUUCUGUGUGCUCUGGUUUCUGUCACGGUGUUUUGUUGCGCCAGAAGCGGUUAAGUCAUGGCUAGCACAUGACUGUGGACAAACGCUGGCUCCCUCAGCCUGAAAGCAAGAUGAGUGCCGCACCCCAUAGUUGCCUUUGACUGGGCUUUACCUUUACCUUCUGACUAACUUUGGAUCCAGCCCUCAAGAAGGUGCAGAGAGAGCAGGGUGGUAACCCAGCUGCAAGUUAGCCUGAGUGGCGGCAGCGACGUUUGUUGUGUGUCGAGAGGGAUCUUUUUGGCCUCUGAAGUGUGACGUGUUAAGACAGUUUAACUUUAUUUUGAAGUCACCUUGGGAGUUUCAGAUAACCCAAAAACAAACCUGUGUAUCUCCUUUUUAAAAAAAAUAUGUAAAAUUAAAACAAAACAUAUUAUCCAAAAACCUAUCAUCCCUAUUUCCCCCCCCCCAUUUUUCCUCCCUCCCCCCACCCUCUCACACAAAACCCUCCCACCCCCGGCUUCCCUCAGUUCCAGUCUUUGGUUUCUCUGAGAAUGCUGUUUUCUGCAUGUUACAAAGUUGUAUAGAUUCUCAAACUAUUUAGCUGAUUAUUAUCAAUAGAAAGUUUGUGAAUGUUUAUUCAAAGCCAGCCAAGGAGUCCAGUUCACUUUGUUGCAUCUUCAAAUACUUUGUAAAGGGUUCCCAUUCAUCUUUAAAGUCACAGUUAUCCUCUGUGUAUCUCAAAAUUGGUCGUUCUUUGGAACUUUUGACUUCACUUUUUGGUACCUGCUAAAAUAUUUCUGUUUAGUCAAGCCUAUCCAGACAUAUAGAAGCUGUUACGUAUUUUAAUCUUGUUUUAGCAUAUUGCUGAUACAAAUUGAAUGUUGUUGUUUUUAAAAUAAUUUUUAUUAAGUUUCUGAAUUAAACACAUCAAACCAAUUAAUCCAAAUUAUAACAAUACAAAUUGAAUGUUUUAAAUGUUUGUCGGAAAUUAUUUUUUGCUGAUGUGUUAUUGUUUUAUUAUUUUUGUAAAUGGCUUUGAGGUUUUAUUACAAUCGAGCGGAGUGGAAAUGUUACGAAAUAAAUGACAAAUGCUUUAGGUUCUGUACAAUUCUGGCGUUCGUCAUAUGAGACUAAAACCAAAGGUUUAAACAGAGUUCAUAGAACCAUAGAAAGUUGAGUUUGAAGGGACCAACCCCCUGGAUCUCAGGAAUCUUUUGCCCCUUGUGAGGCUCGAACCCACAAUCCUGAGGUUAAGAGUCUCAUUCUCUACCGAUUGAGCUAUCCUAGCUGCUGGGAGUCCAGAUUUGUUCUGGACAUGCCAACCAUAUGUGUGAGGCACACUGUGGUGAGAUGUAAAUGGGAAAAAUUGCCCUUCCUGGUUGUCACUUGUCAUGGUUUUCUUAUUCUGAUUAUUGCAAAAGACAGAUCACUAUUCGGUGGUGUAACUAUUCUGAAAAUCAUUUACCCUGGUAAAAUUGAAGUGAAAGGAGGCAGGUGGAUAUUUAUUUUUGCACACCAUUCUUGCAAUACGCUAACUGAAAAGUGCUAUUGCAUAUUUGGUAUUCUAGCUGAAUAAGCAAAUACGUUCCUUUCUUGUUCUCUUGAUUUUUAUCUAUGAUUUGUUUUGAAAACAGUUUAGCAUAUCAAAGGAUGAGUUGGGAAGCGCUGAAGAAAUCCAUCAAUGGUCUCGUCAACAAGGUGAACGUUUCAAAUAUUGAGAAUAUUAUCCAUGAGCUUCUUCAGGAAAAUAUUGUCAGAGGGAGGUAAGCAUCAAGUUCUUGAUAUGCAGUCUUUUGCUCAUCCGAGAGUUAUUGAUUAAGUCUCAAGUCACUUGUUAAAAGUAGUCUGAUAUUCUCUUGGUCAGCUGCUGUUUGAGUCAUGUUAGGAUUUUCAUUUUAAAUAUGAAUGACUUGUUGAGGGUUUGCAGAAUGAUCAAAGUAUAAUCCUAUGCAGACUUACCUGGCAGUAAGUCCUUUUGAACUUAGAAGGUUUUGAUCAUAUUUGUUUUUAGAGGCUUUUUCACUCAUGAAAAAUUAGAAGUAUGGUUGAAACCAGGUUUUCCUCUUGUUAGUUAUAGUUAUUUUUUUUAAAGAAAACUAAGUUAUUAAAUAUUUUCUUGGUUUACAAAAGUGCAUGCCUUGUCUCUUUUUCAGGUUGUAGAAUCUUUCUUUUACAUUUGAAGUGAGAUGUUAAUGUUGUACAGUGGUACCUCAGGUUAAGUACAGUGGUACCUCGGGUUACAUAUGCUUCAGGUUACAUUAUUCCUGGGUUAGCGGAGUGUGUAACCUGAAGCGUAUGUAACCCAAGGUACCACUGUAUACAGAAUAAAGUUGCGGGGAGAGAGAGAAGGGUGGGGUGAUAAUGCUUGGUGUAUAUGUAGGGUUUUUAAUCUCAGCUUCACUUAGGUAGGUUCUCUCUCUAUUCAUUAUAUUUCCUUGGUAGUGAGAGAGGUUGAGGGAGUUUUCUGAUCCAUGAUAAUGAGCAUAGUUUGUGGUCAGUGGAGCGCCUAGGGCAGGAACCAUUAAUGUUUUAGUUACAUUAUAUUUUACAAAAAGAAAGAAAAGUGAAGAUGUCAAGAAUGAACUGGGGCUUUCUGCAUGCAAAGCAUUACCAUUUAAGUGUGCCAUGCAUUGCAAAGUUUACUGCGUUAAACUGUGCUUGGGUUUUUCUUCGAUAUAAGCCAGCAGCGCUGGCCUGCUGACUGCUCCUGGCUGCUGGAUCACUAUAGAUUGAGGAACCAGUUGGUGUGAACUAUAAAUUUUAUAAAUCUAGUGUAGUGGCUUGAGUGUUGACCAGUGACCAAAGAUAAUUCUCUGCUCAGCCAUGAAACUCCUUGGGUAACCUUGGUCUAGUCACUCUCAGCCUGACCUGUUUGUUGCCCUGGGUUCCUUGGAGGAAGAGUGAAAUACAAACCAAUACUUUGCAGAGUUCAGUCUUCUGAAAAGUAGGACUUGUGAUUAAAUCGGCUGCCUCUGGUUUUCAAGAGCCCUUCCACUGAUUUUUCCAGAAAAUGGCAAUCAAAUGGAAAUAAGACCCAUGUUCCAUAUAAUGUUUGCUCCCUUGGUGGAGCAUUUGGCCAUUUGGGCUCUCACUCUCUUCUUAAGUCAUGAUUAGAGGCAUGGGAAGUGACUGUUCAGUCGCAGUUACUCCUUCUGUAGAGGAGUAAACAGUGGCAUCAAAUGAACUCCUAAUCCAGGAAGAUCCUCUCCUGACAGAUUCCCUAAGUACGGUGAUUAAAACAUAGAUUGUCAGCAAACAUUUUUCUGCAGGAUGUCAGUGGCUUGGUAAAUAUCUACCGUCAUGAAAAUAACUAUGUGCUUUAAUUGGGGAACAAAUUAUAUUUGCUGUAAUUAAUUGACUCUUGCAUCUUUAACAUUUCACACAUCACUGGUUUUCGGAUAUCAUGUUUCUUUGAGAAGACAUUUUGUGUGUGUGCUGUAGCUGUGCCAUUUUUCUAAUGGAUCCUUACAGCAGGAUUAUGUUAUUGUUUCCUUAAAGGCCCACGGGUAAUAAUUUGGGCUCUUUCUUGCCUAUAUUUUUUAACAAAAUAUUUUAUAGCAAUUUUCUCCAGUAGAGCAAUGGUGAUGUUUUUACAAUAAUAGUGUUGCAGCUGGUUUUUCCUAGGUCUGUAUUCUUUGAAAAAAAAGCAGUAGAUUGUGAGACGAAACUUAAUCUGUUAAAUGGAAACAUUAAUGCACACUUGAAUAAUGAGAGUGUAGUUCUCAAGUGAUUUGGGAAUAUUUCCAAUAAUGUUUACUUGUCACUGAUUAGGAUUUGUGUAUGAGAGGGGGUUUUUUUUGUUUUGUUUUUUAGCAGUGAUUUUUUUCAUCAACUGUUGCUUCUUGAAACAUGAUUGUAGAUUAAUCUGGCCUAUUCACAGAAUAACACCUGAGUUUUUGAAAGGCUAAUUUUAAUACAGACAUGCAUUGGGAGAUAGUGGAGCAGGAAAGAAGAUGGAAAGCCAAAAGCAUAUGGGCUGGGAGACCUGCUCCCUGCCUUGUAGGCCUUUUUCCACCUAGCCUGGGGGGGGGGGCACAGACUGACUCCAGCUACAAAAGCUGUGGCUGCUAAACAGACUCUCAGGUUGGAGUGUUGUUUGAAGGUGUUGUCUUGGGGGCAGGGUUGUUUUUGUUGUUGUUGUUGUUGUUGUGUUUUUGUAUCUUUAUUUUAGAUCUUGUUGUGAUUUAUAUUGAAAUAGUUCUGUUUGUGUAUUUUUUUAUGUUUUAGUCUUUAUUUAUAACCCCUUUCAUUAUGUUGUUAUGUAUUUUUCUUUUCAUGUUGCAAGCUGCCGUGAGCGUGGUUUGAACUGUGGAAAGGUGGCAAGCAAAUAAAAUUAUGUUUGUAUGUAUAAGUGAGCAUGAUCUAGCUGUGGAUGGCGGUUCCAUGUUGGUGGAAUUGAGUUCCAGAAUAAUGCAAUCUAGAAAAGUCACCGGCCAUCCCUCAAGCUGCUGGGAUAAAUGCUACUGUACAAAUCACAUAGUUUUUGUUUUUAAAUUUUUGGUAAAGCUGCUUCAGCACGUCUGUAUUUUCAUUCAUAGGGGAUUGCUCUCAAGAUCUAUUUUGCAAGCCCAGAGUGCUUCACCUAUCUUCACUCAUGUUUAUGCAGCGGUUGUAGCAAUCAUCAAUUCAAAGUUUCCAAAUAUCGGAGAACUGAUUCUCAAGAGGCUCAUUUUAAAUUUUCGCAAAGGAUACAGAAGAAAUGAUAAGGUAUGUAUUAUUGCCACGCAGGUGAUAGGGUAAGAUUUAUUGUGCUUCUCUCUUACUUAUAGCCUGUAUACUGUUUUGGGGAAGUGUCAUUGUGUUCACUGAGAUUUAUUUCUGCGUUAGUGUAUUUAGGAUUUGAGUACAAAUUAUGUGGGUAUCAGGAGAGCUGAAAGUCAUAAAAUGUCUGAAAAUUUUGAGGCCAUGGGGAGAAAGUGGGUAUUGGGAGUGGGGGAGACAAUAAAAAGGAAAAAAUUGGGGAAAUGUGAUAUAAGUAGUACUUAUUUUCUUAUUAAUUCUAAGUUAACUUUACUGCUUUAAGAACAUAAUAUUUAAUGGCUUGGAUCGAAAGGUUUCUUGUGCUAACAGAAAGGCAGUAACACUUGCACAAAAUAGACUCUUGGGGGGUGUUUAGUGAGAGAGCCAGGGUCUGUUAUGGGGAGAGUAACUAUGAACAGAGUUCUUUCCUGCAUUCAACCCAUUCGAUAUAACUUAGCACAAUUUCCCCCCUCUUUUCUAUAUUUAUUACAUUUUAAAUUAUAAAUUCCUUAAAUUUAACAUUCAGAGUAAGUCCAAAUACGUUCAGUGUAGAGAUGGAGUAGGAAGCUGUUGAACCCUAAGGUGCUGAGUAUUUAUUGGAACUUGUUGGUUUGAAAAAGAAAGAAUUUAAAAUGGAAAAAUAGUAAGCAGAACAGUGUUCUUAUUACGAUGGGCUUCGAAACAGCCCCUCCAAUCAGCAUUUUCCAGAAGAAGUUAUACAGAAAGUUCUGUAAUUCCGUGAGGUAACAGUGGGGUGGCUAUUGGUAUCAGAAGCCAUAAUCCCUCUUUCAAACUGUUUCCACAUCUCUUAUAAUAAGUAUUUUCUGUCUACAACAUGUUUGCAUUUGAAUUGUACGUAUCUGCAAUAUACAGCGUUUGUAACUUCCUCCUGCUGUAGAUUAUCUUACAUAGUUGUUCUAGAAAACAUUUCGAGGGAGUAAAUGACAGCUAAAAACAAUAUUUUAACCAUGGCUUUCCCUUAUAUGCCCAUCUAGUAAAAAUGGUUUGUGAAAACACCCCUACAAAAUGAGACUGCAGUUGACUUCAUCCUGAUAAUGAUUCCACCUUAACAACGUUAUUGUGUGACUAGGGAAGUGCUCUGUGUAGCAUCAUUUCUACAUCAAAAAAUGAUAUUGGACUUGAUCUCCUAAGUAAUGAGAAUCCAAUAGUGCCAGAUCAUCUAAAAGUUUCCUGAGCUCUCAUCUGCAGCAAGAUACAUUAUUUGCAGCUUCCGCAAAGCUUGUUGUCUGAGCUCACUGCAUGGCAAAUAUCCUGAAACGACCUACUUCCAUUUAAUCUUCGUCACCUGUUCAUUGCAAAGUAAUCCUAUGUUUGGAGGAAGACAAAUAGUCAUCAGAUGCAUGUUUCUGGCGAAAGUUGUAGCCUUCCUGAGGAAGAAGAGGGGCUGCUGGCACAUCUCCUUUCUCACCUGCCCAAAAUAAUAGUAAUAAGAAUAAUGCCAGCAAGAGAAAGCCCUUUAAAUGAUUUGUGCAAGUCACAUAGAACCUCUGGGGUAGUUUGGGAUUCAAAGCCAUGCUAAUAGACAUAUCACUUGCAGUAAUACCUAUGAAAUGGACUUAUCACUUGCAGAAAUACGUAGCUUUGCAUUUUGUUUUGCAGCAACUUUGCCUGACAGCUUCCAAGUUUGUGGCACAUCUUAUGAAUCAGAAUGUGGUAAGAUGUUGUGUACUACUGAUAAUAUAUUUGCAGGGAUUUUGGCUUUUAACGUUGCAAGGGUUUGUGAUGGGAUUUUGUCAUCAAAUAUGUUUAUGGCAUUUGCAUUCCUCCCCCAUAGCGUGAUGCUAUCUGGGCAGCUUUCAGUAAAUAAAUAAGAAAGCACUUUAAAUAGAAAAUAGAACUACAAAAGCAAAAUAUAAAAAAUUAACAACCCCCAACUCAUUGUACUAUGGCUCUUGCUAAAUAUUACUUGCAAACCUUUGCUCUAGGGCAGACUUUCCCAGCUCACAUCAGCCGUGGCCAGCAUGACUAGUGGUCAGGGGUUACAAGCCGCUUAUGCAUGUUCAAUAUGUGAGCUACUAUGUAUUGCACCAAACCCGGAAGUGACCCGGAAACAACAUAAUGAUGUCACUGAAAUAUCAUUAAAGGGGCGGAACCUGGUGUUUGCAGGCUUUUAAACUGGCUUUUCAAUAGUUUGUUAUUUCACCAACGCGCACGUGCCUCAGAACGUAACCCCCACAUAAACAUGGGGGGAUGCCUAUAUUAUGUUAUUUGUUAAUUUAUAUGCCACCCAAUUGCUAAGAUGGCUUCUGAGUGGUUGAUCCACCAUCAUGUUGGUGAAUGAUGACGGUCAUAUUCCCAACAACACCUAGAAAUUUUGGGUUUUUCUCUGUUUGGUUUUAUGUUGUUUCUAAUGUACAUGUUAUUUAAUUAUUGUUGUACAUCGUUUUGAGUUACUUUUGUAAAAAAAAGUGACCAAUAAGUUAUAAUAAUAGGGCAUCAGGUUGGCCAAGGCUUACAUAGAGAGCUAUUUCAGGCACACCCAUAUACCAAGUGGGGAUUGACUUUGAGCAGUAAGUUCUUUAGCCUAAACUGCUCUUGUAACUCACAUGAGUGGCAAAGUUGGCUGGAGGGCUGCCCUCUAAGAAGCACAUCCAAAGCUCCUUUUGGGACGCUGAACUUGUAGUGCCUUUCUCUGAAAUGGUGCUAUGCUUGUGGUGUAGUGGUUAAGAGCAGUGGACUCGUAAUCUGGGGAACCGGGUUCGCGUCUCCGCUCCUCCACAUGCAGCUGCUGGGUGACCUCGGGCUAGUCACGCUUCUUUGAAGUCUCUCAGCCCCACUCACCCCACAGAGUGUUUGUUGUGGGGGAGGAAGGGAAAGGAGAAUGUUAGCCGCUUUGAGACUCCUUUAAAGGGAGUGAAAGGCGGGAUAUCAAAUCCAAACUCUUCUUCUUCUUCUUCUUCUUCUUGUUGACUACAUGUGUCAGAUACAUGCAAUCAAGGAAUUUAUUUUGUCAAAACAAAAAAGUUAUUUGUGUUGUUAUCUUCUUCCUGCUAAGGCUCACGAGGUUUUAUGCUUGGAAAUGCUCACAUUGCUUUUGGAGAGACCGACAGAUGACAGCAUUGAAGUAGCAAUUGGCUUCCUAAAGGAAUGCGGCCUCAAAUUGACUGAAGUGUCUCCUAGGGGUGUUAACGGUAUGUAUUUAUUGCUGCUUUAUUUCCUUCCUGACCAUUAGUUUUGUAGGAAUUAGAUUUACCUCCGUUUUUUUUCCUCCCCCCAACCACAGCCAUCUUUGACCGCCUUCGUCACGUCCUGCAUGAAUCUGAAACCGACAAACGAGUUCAGUACAUGAUUGAAGUCAUGUUUGCUGUGCGUAAAGACGGGUUCAAAGAUCACCCGAUAAUUCCAGAUGGACUGGAUCUUGUGGAAGAAGAGGAUCAGUUUACCCAUAUGCUGCCUUUGGAAGAUGACUAUAAUCCAGAAGAUGUUCUUAGUAAGUAUGAGUAAGGAAUGUUGGGAUGAACUUUUCAGUCUGAAUUCUUCGUUUUGUUUUGUUUUUUAAAAAAUGGCCCUGCUAUAAUUUUGGUAACUUGUUUUUCUGUUUCUGUGAAGAUGUGUUCAAGAUGGAUCCAGAUUUUAUGGAGAACGAAGAGAAGUACCAAACUCUGAAGAAAGGUAUGUACGCCUAGCUAAUUUGAGUUUGCACAGCUGUUCUAAUGCAGGGAUGGAGAGCUGUCAGCUGUUAGGCAGGGAGGCUGAGCACCUCAACAAAGCCUAUGGCUCACGAGGAGACCCUCCCUGGAGCCCAGAGAGGAUGUCCUCACAAGCCACAAGGACUUUGCAGUUCUCUUCCCUGCCUCUGGGUUCCUACAUGGGCAGUCACCCACAAAUGGGGAGUUGCUGCUUCCCACACCCCUCAGCAAACCCUUAUUAUCAUGUCCUAGCACUCCAGUCUUUUGUAUCUAAAGUUCUAGUUCCUGUGGUUUUCUGGGAAACCUGCUAUGCAAUCCUGUGCAUGUCUGCUCAGUUGUAGGCCCCACUGAGUUCAGUGGGACUUAGUCUCAGGCAACUGAGCAAGACUGCAGUGUUUCUUGUUUCGAUGUUGAAACAUCUUCUUCCAUAUACACGAGUUUCUGAUAUGGACUAGCUCCUCUAACCAACCCAGCCUGGUAUUGGUGUUCACUUAACCGUGUGUUUUUUCUCUUUUGUAGAAAUUCUUGACGAAGGUGACAGUGACUCAGAAAGUGGUCAGGAUGCUGCAAGCAGUGAAGAGGAGGAGGAAGAGGAUGAUGAUAAGGAGGAGGAGGACGAAGAAGGUAAAGCUGCAAUUUAAAGAAACAGUUUUAUGCACUCCUCGCUACUGUGGAAGUUAGUGUGACAAAACAGUAAACUGAUUUUAGUUAAUAUUAAAAUGUUGCUUCUAUUUAGUCCAUUGCAGCUUCAUUAGCCAUUAUACAAAUAGUGCAUGUCCCAUAGCCUCUGCCAGACACUAUUUGCAUUUUGGGUUGGUAACAAUAGCAAGGCUGAAUUUAGAGGACUGUAUUCAUAGUAUGGACGUGGGUGGCGCUGUGGGUUAAACCACAGAGCCUAGGACUUGCCGAUCAGAAGGUCGGCGGUUCGAAUCCCCGCAACGGGGCGAGCUCCCAUUGCUCGGUCCCUGCUCCUGCCAACCUAGCAGUUCGAAAGCAUGUCAAAGUACAAGUGGAUAAAUAGGUACCGCUCCAGCAGGAAGGUAAAUGGUGUUUCCGUGUGCUGCUUUGGUUCGCCAGAAGCGGCUUAGUCAUGCUGUCCACAUGACCCGGAAGCUCCCUCGGCCAAUAAAGCGAGAUGAGCGCCGCAACCCCAGAGUCGGUCACGACAGGACCUAAUGGUCAGGAGUCCCUUUACCUUUAUUCAUAGUGCAUUAUUUAGUUGCCCUUACCCUUCUAGAUGGCAACCCAGACGGACGAGUGGGAUAUAAAUAAUAAAAUUAUUAUUACUAUUAUUAUUAAAUCAGGACAUUUCCAAUAUUUUAUCUUCGUGAAAUCUUUCAGUCCAGUUGUUGUUUGCUUAAAUUUGGACCUAGAAAGUCCAGUGGGAGGUAUUUUUUUUAACUUAGCCAACAGAUUCCUGUUCCAUGUCACAAUCUGCAUUUUGAAAGUCCUCUCAUCUUCAAAAGUGGUUUGCUGUUUGAUGUGAGGCACUGGUGUUUGAAUAAGCCCAAACCCAAUGCUUCCCUGGGUAUUCAAAGCUACUUGUGUGGGUUUUAGUUCCAGCUUUUGACUUCCUUCAAAUAUCAGUGGUUGGGUUUUUUGUUUUUUACCAUUUGUCUGUGUUGUCAUAAUGAAAUUAUACACAUUUUGUGGUUUUUUGUCUUGAAUUGUAGCAGGGUUUCCUGUCCCUCCUCCCGUUUCCCGGUGCAGGUUAAUUCUAUGUAUAAUUUUUAACACUAUUUCUACAAGGUGUUUUUAUUUUCGUGUUUGUGUGUCUUUGUCUUUUUCCUUUCCUCCCAAGCGUGGAUGUAUUUCAUGCCUCCAUGGGAUUCCUCUGAGUCUUUUCCUGGUUUCCUUAAGCACUUUGUAAACAUAUUCUAAGUCUUUGUUACUCUGGAAAUGUGAGAAGCAGCAUAUAGCAUGUUAGCCAACAAGCUGAUAAACUGAAGUUGUUGCAAACAGAGAGAGGCUGGAUUGAGUUUACAAACAAACUUUGAGACAGGUCUUUAGUAUUUUCAGACUCUUCCUGAGUGCGCUGUCUCUUCAGUAGGACUGUUGGGAAAGGAAAAUAAACUUUUGCUUUCAAAUGAAAAGAUGGCAAUUACAGCACCCUGCCAUUACUUGCAUUGCUCGUAUGGAAAAUCUGAAAUCCACCCCCAUAAACAGUAGGGCAUUAAUUCAUUUCAGAGCAGCUAGUUUAGGUCUUGGUUCCUGCAUGACCAGCCAGAUAUGUUUGUAGGCCUAAACCAUGGAAUUAUUACCAGUACAGGAGAAUUCUCUCCCUCUCUCCCUCUCUCCCUCCCUCUCCCCCCACCACCCGUCCUCCCAAACUGUCAAGGGUUUUAACCAUUAAUCUCAAAAUGAAACCAGAUUUACAUUGCUAAAUCACAGCUCCUUUUCUUAAUUAAUGAGGCAAGGCUCAUUAAGCAGUAUUAGGUUGCUUCCCAUGCACGAGGACACUGAUAGGUUUGAUAUGCCUUUGUUGUGCUGUGAGCAGGGCUGGGUGAUACCUGGUUUUCAACAUCAUCAGCUAAACAUGGUAAUAUACUGAUGACAUAUCAUGAUGUCUGAAAUAAGGAUGUAAGUACGUAGAAGCGAACGGGAUAAUGUUCUGGCAACUGCUACUGCUUAAGGGGGUCUAAAACUGAUAACUGUUACUUUACGGUACAGAGCGACAGGGGCAGAAGGAAUCAUGAGAGAAGCGAUGACCGGCUUCACAGUUUCCCCCAUCUUGCAAUUUUUUUACAUAGCACGCACACACAUUGUGAUUCGUGACAUAUUGCUCUGUCAAAUAUUAUGAAACAGUUAUAACAAUGUGGACUUCAAACCAAUUUUGGAUGGCUUAUCAGUACAUUGCCCAGCCGUGGCUGUGAGGGGACAUUAAGUCAGGUUGCCUAUUGUGCUGGAAUUUCAAUGCUUUCUUCUUUUAACUUGAAAUUAAAUAAAUACUGCCGUUUAUUCCUUCACAAAUAGUUUAUUUGCAUUUGUAUAUUCAGUGGUAUAUUAGCAGUCUGUGAAGUAAUCAACCAUUCCAGAUUUUUUUUAACCAUGAAACCUGUCUGUCUGUCUGUCUGUCUCUCUCUCUCUCCCCUGCUCUGAAUCUUCAAGGGCAAAAAGUGACUAUCCAUGAUAAAACGGAAAUCAACUUGGUCUCCUUCCGACGAACCAUUUACCUAGCAAUUCAGUCAAGGUAAAAUGAAACAUAAUUUUCGUUUGAAAUGUGACUCCCUUGCACUGUGAUCGCAGAUACUUUUUGGAAGCUAGCAAGUUUUAGAUCAGAGCGGCCCAACUUUUCAUACCAAGUGGGCCGCAAGAGUCCUUCAAAAUGAAACCCAUAGGCUGCAUGCGGCUUUGUCGCGUCCGGGAAUUGGGCGAGGCCAAAAUUUGGCAGGCCCCCUCCCAGCCUUCCCAAAGCCCUGUAAGUGAGGCACUGGGAUUUGUGAAGGAGACAUGAGGCUCUGGCAGAGUUCUAGUUCUCUCCCACCUCCUUCCCAAGGCUGGGAAAGAGCUAACUGGGCUUUGGGAAGGAGGAGGGAGGACUCUAGAACCCUGUUAUAGAUGCUCAUGUGAGGCAGAAUUCUUAGAGCUAAAUCUUUAGAAUAACGUAUUUCUCAUUGCUAUAUAUGCUGCUAUAAUGAAUCUCUAGGUGAAAACUGAGAUGGUCUGGUUUAAAUGGCAUGGCUUUGUUCACACAUAAAGCAGAACCAUGGUUUAGCGCUAUGCUGAUGAGCCCAAACAAGCCUGUUUGAAGCAUCUCCUUCUCCCACCCAGCUGAGAAGAGAACCUGGUCAGAGUUUAGUUUCCCUUUUUAAAGAAGUGUGUCUUGGCUUGCAUUCAAACCCUGCUUUAGAACUAGCACUAGUCAUUAUCCAAUUUCAAACCUUGGGUUAUGAAGCUGGCUUUUUAAAGUAGCCAGAGUUUGUUUCGAACCAGGCCUCCCUAGUUUGAACUUAAUGCUCAGGAUUCCUUUAAAAAUGAAACAAACUCUGGCAAAGUUCUCUUUUGAGUCCCAUGGGAUUUGGGGGUGGAGGUGUGGAGAGAAAAAUAUAAAUGGGGUGCUUUGCUCAAGCCCUUUCAGGCUCCUCCACCUCGUACUAAACGAUGAUUUAGUGUUAUGUCUGUCUUUCUGUCUGUCUGUCUGUGUGUGUGUGUGUGUAAGAGGGAGAGAAGGAACACUGAAGAGGUUUGCUUAGUGUAAGGAAACAUUGUUAAUUAACAGGUUGUUUAUAGUGUCCCCCUUUCAUCAAAUAUUAAUACUUUCUGUGGGAGGACAUUCUGAAACAACAUUUUAAGCUUUUUCAAAGAAGGACAUCAUGUUCUCAUUUGUUUAAUUGCUAGACUCUCUGCUUUCUGUUUAACAUGAUGUUAUAGCAACUGUGACUCACGAAUGGGAGUCACCUUGUUUUUAAACUGUCUGAAAAUUAUUGAUUUUGGACAUAGUUCAUAUAAAAAUGUGAAAUGGCUAAAGUACAUUUUUUUCAACACUGAAAAAGAUUAAAAGUCUGCUGCAUUCUUUAUACUUUUUUAAAUAAAAUAACAGAUUUUAAUUUUUUUAUGCUGUGGUGGACUUUCAGUUGCCAUCUGUAACAGUACUGAUCAAUACAGUUUUCUUUUUAACGAACUUCUUGCAACUGUACAUGUUAGCAUCCAUUAGAUCUAACAUCCAUGGAGCAAUGAUGAUUGUUGGGAUUAUGUCUGAUGAGUGAAAUGGAGGGAGAUUUUGGAUUCUCACACCCCAAAAGGACACUGAAGGACAGCCGAUUUAAUUCUCAGCCUGGAAGACUAGCUGAACCCAGUAUUGCUUGGGUAUUUCAACAAAGUCUGUUUCAGGCACACAAUAUUUAGGCUUUCUAAUGCAGAAAAUACUGUUGUCAGCAUAGAAAUGUUUUAAGCUGCUGUGGUUCUGGAGACAAAUUCCCCCCUCCCUUUUACAGUUUAGACUUUGAAGAAUGUGCUCAUAAAUUGCUGAAGAUGGAUUUUCCUGAAAGCCAGACAGUAAGUCUUCCUAAUUCCUUUUUUCUUUUCUUUCCCAUUUCUGGAAUAAGCAUCUUUCCCCACCCCCCUCAUUCAGAUAUUGACGUAACUAAUCAUAUAGUAUACGGGAUAAUGCAUAGCAGAUCAGCUAAAAUUCAAUUACAGUGGUACCUCUGGUUACGUACUUAAUUCAUUCCGGAGGGCCGUUCUUAACCCUCUGAAACUGUUCUUAACCUGAAGCACCACUUUAGCUAAUGGGGCCUGCCGCGCUGCCACCGCGCGAUUUCUGUUCUCAUCCUGAAGCAAAGUUCUUAACCCAAGGUAAUAUUUCUGGGUAAGCGGAGUCUGUAACCUGAAGCGUAUGUAACCUGAAGCGUAUGUAACCCGAGGUACCACUAUAAAGCCGUUUCUUCCAGAGGAUGAUGGUGAUGAUUCUAGUAUUUAUAGUACAGUCGUACCUUGGUUUUCGAACAGCUUAGUUCUCGAAUGUUUUGGCUCCCGAAUGCCGCAAACCCAAAAGUGACUGUUCCGGUUUGCAAACUGUUUUUUGAAGCUGAACGUCUGACGCGGCUUCCAUGGCUCCUGCAGCCAAUCAGAAGCUGUGCCUUGGUUUUCGAAAGCCGAACGGACUUCCAGAACGAAUUCCAUUUGAGAACCAAGGUACAAAUGUAAAGCAAAUUUUGGUCGCUAACAUUGUUGGUUUUCCUUCAUACUCCUAACAUCCCCUCAGAUUGGAAUAAAUAAGUUUAAAAAUGUUUGCUUUACUGAAAUGCUGUUUUGUCAGUGAAUGAGAGACACAGUUCUGAGUGCAAAAGAAAAUAGUCUGAGAAAGUUGUAUUGUGUGUGUUGUUUGAAUGGUCCUAUGGAGGCUUUGCUUGCCUGGAAAGACAGAAAGGGAAGAAAACCAGAGUUGUGAAAGUUCCCCCUCUGGAACAUGUGCAUACUUUCUCGCCUAUCAUCUGGUACCUAUCAUCUGGUAGCUUUCAUCUGAGGAACACCCUUGAUGCCUAGAGAGAGAGAGAAGCGAUCUGGUGGUAAAAACUCGCCUAUCAUCUGGUACCAGCCUUGAGGAAGGCACUGGAAGCACCUAGUUUCCAUUUUCCUUAUUAACUGCAGUUUAUUGUUUAAGAAGCAGAGACAUCACCUUGCGAACAAAGGUCCGUAUAGUUAAAGCUAUGGUUUCCCCAGUAGUGAUGUAUGGAAGUGAAAGCUGGACCAUAAAGAAGGCUGAUCGCCGAAGAAUUGAUGCUUUUGAAUUAUGGUGCUGGAGGAGACUCUUGAGAGCCCCAUGGACUGCAAGAAGAUCAAACCUAUCCAUUCUGAAGGAAAUCAGCCCCGAGUGCUCACUGGAAGGACAGAUCCUGAAGCUGAGGCUCCAGUACUUUGGCCACCUCAUGAGAAGAGAAGACAACCUGGAAAAGACCCUGAUGCUGGGAAGGAUUGAGGGCACAAGGAGAAGGGGACAACAGAGGACGAGAUGGUUGGACAGUGUUCUCGAAGCUACAAACAUGAGUUUGACCAAACUGUGGGAGGCAGUGGAAGACAGGAGUGCCUGGCGUGCUCUGGUCCAUGGGGUCACAAAGAGUCGGACACAACUAAACAACAACAACAUUGUUGCACACCUGAAGUAUAAUAAACCAUGAUCUAUUAGAACAAAGCAGGAGCAUGCCGUUUCUUAUCAUCAUGACUUGUUAGUAAAUUGUUACUUUAAAUUAUCCGCAGUUUGCCAAUUUGGGCUGCAGCGAUAAACCGCUGUUGGUGGAAAACAGAACGGGGAUGCUUCCAUUCUCUUUACGGCUUCGCUAGAUGGGAGAGGGAGAGGGACCACACAAGUUCAAGUCUCAUGCCUGUUCAUUUACAUAGCAUUAAACCAAGACUUUAUGCUGUGUCCAAAUCAGGCUGGAUUUUAGGACUGCACACUGCAAAAUCUGUACCCUUUUCUAUCCCCAUGUCUUCCCGCUUCCCACUUACUUUUGUAAGCAGCCUUCUAAGUUCAUUUCUGACGGCAUAACCAUUACUCUCUUUUGCAGUAGAACUUUCUGCCAUUGAAAGAGCAACAUGCUUCUAGUUGAUCAGGGACAUGUUAGGCACUUCCUUGAAGUGGCUUCAGUACCGCCUCAAACAUCUUGGAAAGUGGUGGAGGAGACUAGGAGUCAUGUAUGGGAGUUUGCCUUAUGUGAACUAGCUACAGAGAAAUUAAAUACUUGCCAAACUACGUGGCAAGCCUACACUGAACUCUAUUUCAUAACCUUGUAAAUGAACAAAACCUAUGAAUGUCUCCCCCUAACAGUUGCACUCUGCCCCAAUUCUGGUUUUAUUUUAGCUUCCUUUUUUUUUGUUUCGCUGUACUGAUAGAACGUAAACUAUUCAAUACAACAUUAAUAUUAAAAAUGGAGUUUAUUUUAAAGAUGAGGGACUGUGAUCACUCUUCCACAAUUGAAAGGGCCAUCUGUGCAUUAGAGCUAUCCUGGUAGCCCCAGGCCAUGGCAGCACAGAGAAAACAGGUCUUUUAAUCUAGAGUCAAGUCUUAUCAAUCCAACUUAAAUCAUUCCAGCCUUUUGUUUUGCAAAUAUACGUGACUAGGCAUACUGUGAUAGAAGAUUGUGCCAUGAUGAUUCUGCCUAAGCUUUACCUUUAUACCUUUUGCUUUUUUACAUAAAAUACUCUUACGCAACCGCGUCUCGUCACUGCUGACCCUACAAAUUCAAUAGAUUAAAAAUAGUUCCUUCUCAGUGAAUUGCUAAAAAUGUUAAGUCUGAUUAGCAAGUACAGGGAAGGGGGUGGCAGCAUGGUUCUGUUUUGCACCAAUUAGUCUUGAAUGGAGAAUCAGGUUGCUUUUAAGUAAAAAAUAUAUAUAUACCGUAAGAAAAUGGUCAGCAGAACUAAGCAGAUGAGAGGGAGCCAACACGGUUGCCUGCAAACUUUGCCAAGGAACCAGAUGCUGUUAGAAGAUUGCCUUUGACAAUUUUGUCUGCUUUCAUCUGAGGAACACCCUUGAUGCCUAGAGAGAGAGAGAGAGAAGCGAUCUGGUGGUAAAAAGCCUUUGGGGUAAAUAGAAGCAGGUGGUGGUGACUUUGGAUUAAAACUUGAGAGGGAGAAUUUAGAAAUGGCGGAAGGUCUGCAGUCGUAAAACCCUCUGCAUCUUCUGCCCUCGCUCUUCGGAAUUUGCAACUUCAUUACCUGUUUCUGCGUCAGCUGCCUUGAGAUGUGUUGAUCUUCUGCAGAAAAAAUGGCAACGAUGAAAGAAUCUUGUUGCACCUAAAGAAAUCAAGACAUUUAUAUUACUUAUAAUUACCGUAUUUUGCGCCCUAUAGGACGCACUUUUUCCCCUCCAAAAAUGAAGGGGAAAUGUGUGUGCUUCCUAUGGGGCGAAUGCAGGCUCUCGCUGAAGCCGGGAGAGCGUGGGGGGGUCGGUGCGCACCGACCCCUCUCGCUCUCCAGGCUUCAGGGAGCUAUCCGCAAGCGACUUCACGCAGCUCUCCCACGGCUUGCGGAUAGCAGCCUGUUCUGGGGGCUGGGGUCGGGGGAAGCUCGGGCUUCCCCAGCCCCGCACCUGGGGGGGAAAUAAUAUUUUUUUCUUUAUUCUCCCCCCCCCCAAAAAAAAACUAGGUGCGUCCUAUGGGGCGAAAAAUACGGUAACUUGUUAUGUUUUAAGGUGCCGCAAGACUGUUCUUUUGUUGAUAGUUCUUUUUUAGUUGUCCAGCUGGGAUAAACACAGUGCUCAGCCUUUAACCAGAGGUUGGAUGGCCAUCUGUCAUGGAUGCUUUAGUUGAGAUUCCUGCAUUGCAGGGAGUUGAACUAGUUGACCUUUGGAAGGUCUCUGUGAUUUUAAUUUUUUUUGGGGGGGGAGGAGGAUAUAGCCGCCUAAGUUAUACUCAGAGUAGAUCCAUUUUAAUUAAUAGAUUACUAGUCAUUAAUAUUAGAAACAGCAGGAGAGAACCCUGUAAUUUGUUUAUAGGCAGCUUUGAGUAUAUUCACCAUAAGGCAAGAGCAGCCCCUGCCCUUCUUGCAUGGGAAGCCUGGCCAUUGGUCAGUAACCAAUAUAUUGUGCACCGUGCAAGCACCGGGAUUUGUACUGGCUCUGAAUUCAUCAUGCUCUAAAACAGUGUUUCCCAAACUUGGGUCUCCAGCUGCUUUUGGACUCCCCAGUUCCUACCAUUCCUGACCACUGGUCUUGCCAGCUAAGGAUGAUGGGAGUUAUAUUCCAAAAACAUCUGGAGACCCACGUGUGGAAAACACUGCUUUAAAAUCUUGGCUUUCAUUGAUCUUUUGUUCAUUUGUCCUGGGCGAUACCUGUUGAAAUCUAAGAAGCCUCAGAGCGAGGCCUUGUCUGGGCUUAUGGUGGUCAGAGAACAGGGCUUUGAUGAAUAACUCUUUGACCCAUGCACAUGACUAGCCCAAGGCUAGUGCAUGCUUUGUUUAUACCGGGUGUCAUAUUUGGUGUAUCUUGGCACAGGUUUCGUUGUUGUUGUUUUUUGUCAAGCAGUUUGCCCACAGACCUGCCAGUGUUUUUGCAAAGCCUAUACAGCAUGGGUCAGCAAAUAAGGCCCGCAGGCCGGAUCAGGCCCAGUUGCCUUCUGGAUUCGGCCCGUGGAUGGUCUGGGAAUCACCACGUGGAUCGCCAGCGUACACGUUCUUUCCCUCUCCCUCUCCUUCACACGGGCAGCGGCGCCUCCUCCCUCCCUCCUCCUGGCUUUUCCCCACCCUGCCAAGAGGAAGAAGGGGGCUGGGCUUUGUUGGUGCCAGACCUUCUCCAGAGCCCUUUCGCGUGCCACUCAUCGUCCCUCUGCCAGCCGCCAUAGCCCCUGCCACUUGCAAGACACAGGAGCUGCGGUUGGCUGAGCACCCCUCUCGAGCGGCCACCAUUUAAAUCAGCCCCUCUCCGGAGCCCUUUCCUGCGCUGUUCAUCAUCGAUCGUUCAUUUCCCCCCCAAAAAAUAUAGUCCAGCCCCCCCCCCCAAGGUCUGAGGCACAGUGGACCGGCCCCCUGCUGAAAAAGUUUGAGGACCCCUGCUAUACAGGAUCUGCCGAAAGAGUUGAGCGAGUGAAACAGAUGUUACUAUUCAGCUUUGAAUCAAUAGAAAAAGACAGUCACAGAACUGAGAAAUUGCACAAAACAAACGAAAUACCAUGAAAAUCCCUGAAACGAGAAGUAAUCGACUAGAAAUGGCAUCUUGUGGAAAUAAACUAAAUAAUAAGAAAAAUCAAAAAGCUUAAGGAAAAAAUUAGAAAAACCUAAAAUUGAACGAAGCCUUAAUGGGAUGCCGGCGGCAAACCUUGUUUCACUGAACUAUUCAGUUUCCUCAGAAGGAAAUAGAAAAAUCAUAAACUUUAAAUGACCAAAAUUCAAAAAAAGGGUAGAACCCCCCAAAAUUCUGAAGUAUUAUAAUCCUAGCUCGACCUAGGUAAAGCAAAGUGCAGUAAUAAAGGAUAGAGGACUCAAAAGUAUAGUUACUAAUACUGAUUUUACAAAAAUGGUUUGAACAAAGCCCAACUUGAAGAAAGCAAAGCGCAGUAAUAAAGGGUUGAGGACUCAACUGUGAAAAUUCUAGUGCUGCUUUUACAAAAAGGUUUAAAAACCUAAAUGGCUAUUCAGCUUUGAAGCUGCCACUGAAUCCCUGCCUUCCAUCAUAUACAAUAAUUAAAAACAUGUUAACGUUUAAUCUUGAAGACGGGCACUUUGGUCCCAGCCUCUCCUCCUUUUGGAAGGUGGAAGCAGGAGUGUCUUUAUAGGCAAAUUUGUUUUCCUGCACGUGGCUACUCGAGAUAUUCUGCUAGGAAUCAUUGUAAUAUUUAAUUAAAAUGUUAAAAUAUUUAAUUACUUUAACCCACAGGGGAUAUUAAAAUGUUGUAACUGCAGUUAAGAGAGCAGAAAGUAAUUUGUUCUGCAAGUCAUGCUGACUCCACCAGUAACAGCGUCAGCACUUUGCCCUGUUUUAUUGUAUGUAAACUGAUUGACUGCAACAUUACUACAAUAAAACAAUGUAAGAAAGUUAAUAUGCGCCCUGAUAUAUUAAACUAAUGACAUAUAUUAGAAAGCUUUUAAGAGACAGAUUAGUUUGCCCUCUCCACCACCACCACAAAGUAACAGUCUCUUUCUGAAUAUAUUUUUGGUUUUGGUCUUGUUUAAUAUAGAGUAACUGUAAAACCGGCUUGUGUUCUGUCAACACAGUGUGUUGAAGAGAAAUGUUUCAGUACGCCAUAUUGUAGCAAAAAGAAUUAAAAGGCUAGGUCGUAAUCCUUUACUAGUGGAAGAUUAUAUUAUUUUUAAAAAUCCCUUUUAAGAGUGAUUUCCUGUUCCGAAAGCAAGUCAGGGUAGGUUGAUAUACGUAGAAUUGCUAUUAUUGAAUCCCGCAGCAUUGUCAUUUAACCUAUAAUUUAUUUCUAAUGUGUUGUGUUUCUAAUGUAUUUCACACUUUAAUUGGGUGUGCAGAUAAAUCUCUGGCUUCCUAUUUUCAGUAUGUGUUGCUGCAAUAUUGUUAAAAAAAAAUAGAAGAUAAGUACUGUAAUUAAUUUCAGUUGAUACGUAGGAUUUUAUGAGUUUUUCCUCCUCCCAACAGAAAGAAUUGUGCAACAUGAUCCUUGACUGUUGCGCUCAGCAGAGAACAUACGAGAAAUUCUUUGGUUUACUGGCUGGGGUGAGUUGCUUGCUUCGUAGAUGGCACACAUAAUGCACAAACAUCCCAUUCAGCAUCCUGCAAAAAGGGCUGGUUUACAAAUGCAGUUUCAGCGUUUGCAGAAUGCAAGGUUGAGCCGUCGUAGAUCAAAUAUCACAGGCAGAAGAACAUGGAUACCGCUGAAUUUCACCUCGGCUCAGGCUAGCGUCGGCUCACGCAUCAAGCACUGAAUCAAGAGUGUGCGGCUCAGUCCUUAAAUAAGCAUGUUCAUCCCAUAGAACAGACUGUAGAUUGGCACCAUUCAUGUGCAACCUUUUAUUGAAAUCUAGCAGGACGAGGUUAGUUAAGCAGAAGUGUUUUGUUACACCAGAUAUUCAAGGGACACAUUUCCUUUCAGGAUUAGUUGGGAAAUCACAUGAUGUAAAAGCUAGCCAAGAAGUGUUGUAUUUUUUCCUUUUUGUUUCCGAGUCGGGCCAGCUAGCUGACAUUGGCUUCCAGGGAGCUGAACUAGAUCAGGGCAGCCCAACUUUUCCUACCAAGUGGCGGCAAGAGCACUUCAACACAGAACCCAUGGGCCACACACAGCUUUGUUGUGCUGGGAGAAGGGAGAGAGCCCAAAAUUUGAUGCCCCACCCCUUAGGCUGCGUUCCCAAAGUCAACUAAGCAAGGCACUGGCUUUUGGCAGGAGGCCUGAGGGCUCCACAGGAUCCUACCACUGCCUUUCCAAAGCUGGGAAAGUGCUAACUAGGCUUUGGGAAGGGGUUGGGAGGUCUGGGGCAGGUGUCCAACGUUGCCGAGGGCCGCAAAAAAAAGACCUAGAGACCGCCCUGAGCUAGAUUACCGUUAAGGUUUUCUCCAUUGUUUUCAAGCCUUCCUUUAGCAACCGUGAGCUUUAAAGCACUUCAAAACUCAAAACCUGAUUUUUAUUUGGGGGAGUCUACAAAACUAUAAAAGGGACGCAGGUGGUGCUGUGGGUUAAACCACAGAGCCUAGGACUUGCCGAUCAGAAGGUCAGCGGUUCAAAUCCCCGUGAUGGGGUGAGCUCCCAUUGCUGGGUCCCUGCUCCUGCCAACCUAGCAGUUUGAAAGCACGUCAAAGUGUAAGUAGAUAAAUAGGUACCGCUCCGGUGGGAAGGUAAACGGCGUUUUCGUGCACUGCUCUGGUUUGCCAGAAGCGGCUUAGUAAUGCUGACCACAUGACCCGGAAGCUGUACGCCGGCUCCCUCGGCCAAUAAAGCAAGAUGAGCACCACAACCCCAGAGUUGGCCACGACUGGACCUAAUGGUCAGGGGUCCCUUUACCUUUACCUACAAAACUAUAAGAAGCUCAUCUUCAACUAGUGUGGAAUUCUAUGCCGUCCAUGGAAAGGAAAUUAGGAUCCAAGCCAUUUUUUUCAGCACUAUUUCUAUAGGAGUUUGAAGUGUUUUCUCUGAACAGAGAAGCAUGGAGGACAGCAGUGCAUUAGGUCUUAGGCCUGAGGCUCCCUACUUGCUGCUUGAAAGGAAGACACUGCUGCCCACCUGCAAUUUACUGACUUUCCCAUUCAUUCGUGUUCCCCAUAACCUUGCAAAGCACUACCCCAAACAUGGGGCAGAAGUGUCUUUGCUUUGCCCCCAAGGAGCUUUAGGACCCAAGCCAAUAUUUGAAAAUUAAGAUUUAUACAGUCUCUUCAUUGUUUUCCUGUUUUGGUCCGCCAUACUUCUAUAUUCAGUUUCUAAACUCUUUCUUUCCCCUUCUUAACUGUGUCCUGCAUUUUCAGCGCUUCUGUAUGUUGAAAAAAGAAUACAUGGAAGCAUUUGAAGCCAUUUUCAAAGAGCAGUAUGACACAAUACACCGGCUGGAAACAAACAAGUUGAGGAAUGUUGCCAAGAUGUUUGCGCAUCUUUUAUAUACAGAUUCGCUUCCGUGGAGUGUGAGUAGAAAAUGCUUUCUGAAAAGGCAAAAUUGAUCUGUCUUGCAACACUGAAAAAUGUAGGUGGGAUCUGCCAGAAGUCAUACCCUGAGCUGAGCGCCAGGUUUGUUUUGGCACUGACAGGUGAGAGCUUUGAAGCCUCAUUUCAGGAAAAAGUUCAGAUAAACUGUUUGGAAUUGAGACCGGAUGUUAAAUGAACGGAAAGUGUCAAAGCUAUGUGAUGGCAGCUGCGAAGUCAUCUGAAGUUUGUAUGAAUUUGUUAUUUAAAAGAAAGACCACGCAUGCGUGCCGGAUCCAGGCAUUGCCGUCUCUAGUUAGAAAGAUGCCUCUUGUCCAGAUAAGGCUUUUAAUCUGGAGGAAUCCCACUAGGAAGUUUCCCAACUCGCCCUGCCUCUUCCCUCACUGUCUCCCAGCAUUCCAGAACCAUGUAGAGGCUGGUACUGUGAGGUCACAAGUGGAGGGAAGAAUAGGCCUAAGUUGUCUCUGUCAGCUGGAGCCAAGUCUAGAACUUACUAUUUGGGGAACAAAUAAUAAACUAGAUUGUUUUAAAGUGGGGGAGAGGAUGUUUAGCAUUAACCCACUAUAACUUUGACUUGUAGGUUCUUGAAUGCAUAACGCUAAGCGAAGAAACUACAACGUCCUCCAGUAGGAUUUUUGUUAAAAUCUUCUUCCAGGGACUCAGUGAAUACAUGGGACUUCCUAAUCUUAAUGCAAGAUUGAAAGAUGAGUAAGUAGAAGCUUCACACUGCAAGCUAGUUUUACAGUGUCUUGAUGUGAGCAAGUCCUGUUCACUGUAAUCCUUUGGAGCCGAUGGAUGCAUUGGUGACCUGAAGACUUGAUUCCUGCAAAGCACUCUAGGUGGGACUACCCUUGGGACUGAUUGGGAAGCUCUGGUUGGCACAAAAUGCUGUGGCUGUAGUGUUGACAAAGGUCAGGCUGCUGCCACCACAUAACACUGGUGUUUAACAGCUUGCACGGGCAGCCCUUUCACCACCAUGCCUGCUUAAGGGUCUCAAAUUUAUUUGUAAAGCCCUAAAGCAGUGGUUCCCAAUUAGGGGUCUGGGGAUCCCUGGGGGGUCUGCAGAACGCACCCAGGGGGUCUGUGGUCUCAUCUCUUGCCUCUCCCCCAAAACUAAAUCUUUCCAUGGUGAUAUCACAAAUUUAUGGUCUUAUGUGCCGUUUAGUAUACAGUCAUACCUCAGGUUAAAGUCGCUUCAGGUUGAGCAUUUUCAGAUUACGCUCUGCGGUGACCCGGAAGUAACGGAGCAUGUUACUUCCAGGUUUUGCCGCUCGCGCAUGUGCAGACGCUCAAAAUGACGCCACACGCAUGCGCGGAAGUGGCAAAUCGCGGCACGCGCAGACGCAGGUUGUGUUCGCUUCAGGAUGUGAACGGGGCUCCAGAACGGAUCCCGUUCGCAUCCAGAGGUACCACUGUACCUAAAAUCCUUUGCUUAUUAGGGGCUACCCCACAUUUUGUUCAAAAGAUUGCUUUGCAGAGGUAACUACCAUAGAGUUAUCUAAGUUUUCAAAAGUAGGAGGUCUGUGGCUUGGCUUUGUUUUUGAGACUCAUAAUAUACUUGCGUUCAUCAGAAAAUGGGCAGGGUGUAAUAUUCUUUAGUAUGACAUAAGACAGACAUAGGGAAGUAGAGUGAAAUAUGGAAAACACCUCCUUAAAAAUAAGACAGGUGAAAAACCUAACACAUGCUAAAAAUUUCCUAACAGCCACCCCAAACCAGAUGAAACCCAGACUCCCAAUACUACCCCAAGAGAGAACCACACAUCCUCCAAGCCAUCAUUAUUUCAGUGGAAUCUAGAUUCUGGCUCACCCAUAUCCAUGACCAGACCGUAAUUACUAGACUAGCCUCAUCCUUAAUUAACUCACAAAUGCCUGGCAUUUACCACUGAUCUUGUGUCAAAAAACAGCACAUCAACACAUCAGCAUCCUGGAGAAGCACAAUAGCCAUCACUUCAUCUGUCUCAUUUUUUCCCCUCCCACUGCCAGACCAUCUACUGUUAGUUGACUUCUUGUUUUUAUUUUCCCCCCCAUCUGCACCCUUCACUUCAUUUGUUCAUGGUAACACAUGUUCCAAACCUUUCAUUAAACUCCUGGCAAAACUCUUUUUUUACGGAAGCAUCUUUUUAAGAGGUUGUAAAUUAGGAUGAAUCUAACCAUCUUGUUGCUGUGUUGGCCCCAAAGAAUGAGAUGCAAAAUAAUAUGAAGAGCCGACAUAUGUUAGUGUAGAAAUUUGGACAGUUGAAAAAUGCAGAGGAGUUUUGAAUGAGCAAAAUGGGUAGAUACUAACAAUUCUUGCAUUAUUGACCAGUACUGUCUUAAGACUGGUAGAUGAAUAUCAUUCUUAAUUUCAGAAUGUUUAAAUGCCUGUUUUGUUUCAGUGCUCAGAUGCUUUGGGGGAAAACAUGGGCAACUUCCCCGAGCCCAAGCAUUUGGCAGUAUAUAUAUAUAUAUAUAUAUAUAUAUAUAUAUAUAAUCUUUAUAGCAAUUCUCAAAUUAGAGCAACUGUCAGAGAUUUUAAGACUUGUUUAGGUACAUGGUAAAUUGGAGAUAGCCUUGCUGUGCAAUAUUGAUUUUGAAAUGUUUAAUCACAAAACACCUGUUUCUUUUGGACAGAGCUGAUCUAUUGGCUAGCUUGACAUUACUUAUAGUAGUAAAGAGAAAUAUAUUGAUCCAGGCCCAUUAUUUUUGGACUUACAAAAUUAACUUUUAUUAUCCUUAAUUGUUUUAAGUUUGAUAUGCGGAACAGUUAGUUGUCUAGGGACCUAGUUGCUUUAAAUCUCUGGCAGUUUAAUAUAUAUUUUAAAAGGGCCAUAGAUUCUAUCUGUCUGUGUACUGCUGCAUAAAUAGAACCAUCCUUUUUUUUUGCUUCUUUCAGAAUUAAAGUAGCUCAGAAUAUAUUUUUUAAGUAACAUUUCUAAAUCGCCUCUGGAUCAAAAAUGAAUGUAUAUUUUUAGUUUACAGCUAUCCAGCAUUUUAAAAUAUUGUUGCCAUGUUUCAUCUUUAACAGAACUCUGCAGCCAUUCUUUGAAGGUUUGCUACCUCGGGAUAACCCAAGAAAUACUAGAUUCGCCAUCAAUUUCUUCACUUCGAUUGGUCUUGGAGGACUGACGUAAGGAAAUCCAUUUUGUUACACAAUAAAAGCAGUCAGGGUUAACAGCAAGAUGUUAACGGUUCCAUGAACUGGCCCAUAUACAUGCUAGGUAGAUAACAAACUUCUUCUCUGCCUUCCCUGCCUUUGAUGUCUGCACAGAGGCACAUUGUUCAGCUACGGCCUGCAUGUGUAGAAUCCAAUGUCCGUAACCCAGAUUGUGCGAUUGAUAUCAUAGGGAAUCCCCCAGAGUGUGGAAAUCGCCAGUGUAACCAGUACUACCUGCCCAGGUCCUUUUCAAACACACGUGGGCAUGUAGGAGUAUUGGAUUGGGGGGAGGGGGGAGAGUUCUCAGUCCAUGUCUGCAGACCACAUCGCACGCCAUGUCUGCAGGACAAAUCAGCGGCAGGUGUCAUAUAAUCCAGUCCGCACCCCGGUACCAUAUUUCAUCAUCUCAAAAAGAAACAGAUAGUGGGAUGGGGCUUCACAGAGCAGAAAACAGAGGGUGGGGCUUUGCAGAUAGGGACUGGCUCAGUGGUACCUGGGUCAGUUUUGUGAAGCAAAAACAAACAAACGAGUUCACAUUUGGGACACACAGCUGAGAGAAGUAACGCUUUGCCUUUGCACCAGCCAAUUAAAUUAUAACGUGCUCAAUGUGUUUUAACUAGCGAUGAGCUACGUGAACAUCUGAAGAAUGCACCAAAAAUUAUCAUGACGCAGAAGCAAGAUGUGGAGUCCUCAGAUUCGUCUUCAUCUUCAGAAUCUGAUUCGUCCGGUUCAGAGGAUGACAGUAGCGACAGCAGCAGCAGCAGUUCAGAGUCCUCCAGUGAAAGUGAAUCAUCAUCUGACAGUGAGCGCAGCAGUGACUCUGGUACUCAGUUCCACCUUUUUUCUCUUUCUUUUUUACUCUGCAUGCCCUGGUGCACAUUAACUGAGGAAAAAAAUAGCAGCAUCUAUUUACUCAUUUAUUAGUUCCUGUUGAUUUUAGCUAUUUGAAACUUGCAGGAGUUUUUUCAACAAUGCAUUGUCAGCCUGAAAAUGGCACGUAUAACUCUUUCCCAGACUGAUCUGGAUAACGUUAGGUAUUUUAUUUGCAAAACAAAGCCAACAUUUUAAAUCUAGGCAAAUACAAAUGUUUGCAUUUCAACCACAGCCCCAUGUGAUUUCAGUAAGUCAGAUCACAUUGUUGGGAGACUGAUUUACGAUGCAUUAUUUUCAUAAUUAUUUACACAUGGAGUUGUUAGCUUGAAAAUGAAAUGGAUACAUGGUAAAAAGAAAGAAAGAAAUAUUGAUAACUAGCCCUUUCCUUGUUUGGAAAAACAGUUUUAUCCCAGAGUAAGCCCUGCUGUGUUUAAAUGGGUCAUAGUCCCUAGUAGGUGUGUUUGGAAUUGCAGUUUGAGCGUGCUUGUUUGAGUGGCUAGUCUGCAGAAAAACUGGAUCUGACUCGUUUGCACAAUUGAAGGUUUCAAAAUGUGAGCACCUGGAUAAUUAGAAUGGCUCAUGUCGUGCCUUGUAAUAGGCAGCCAAACAAGCCUAUUGCAUGGCCAUCGUAUCAUAGUGACGCAGAAGAACUCACUUCAAGCUGUUCAGCAGUGAGAUACUGAACUACCCAAUGUGGACAACAGUGUGUUUGGAGCUAAAGGGUCACCUUUAAAUCCUCUCUCCCUGCCUUAGGCAGUGCCGAUGUGUAAACAAGUUAUUUUCUCCGCCAGUUUUGUCAGUCAAACAAACAAUAAGCAGCUCUUUCUCUGUUGCUGUGUACGUGUGUGUCAGAUAUGUGUAUCUGAAGCAGAAAAUAUUUAUGGUAGCAUUCUACCAUUAUUAUGACUGAACGUAAAACAGUUUGUAUUGUGUUUUUCUUUCCGGGUCCAAGGUACUUUUGCUGACAGCAGCACAGUAUAUCUAGUAACUUCCAUUCUAUAAUUAGUAUUUUUGAGCAAGUGUUUCUACUGACUUUUCAUUCCAACUAGUUGAUAUGAAUUAUAUAAUUGAACCUUAUUAAGCCCAAUAAUGCCUGCUAGCCCAGUCUGGAUCACGCACGCAGUUAGCUGUGAGAGCAGAUGAUCGCCCAGCAUGAGCUUAUGCAGGCAAGAAGCAUGCUGACUUAAAAUAAAUUAGAUUUAUCGGUGGGUUUUAAGAGCAGAAGUCUUCUGAUUCACAAAAACCCAGUGUAGGUUAUGAAAGCAUGAAAAGCAGCCCUCUGUAAUUUGCGGCGUUUGCUUUUUAUUGCUAUUACCAGGCAACUCAUCAGUAACACCAGAGCAGUAAAGGAAGGCAGAAUGGAAGCGGGGUCAGGGAAGUGGCAUUUCAGCAGAGAGCCAGAUGGCUCCUGCAUAGACAGCUGCAGCAAGAUGGGAACCAGGGAGGUCCUUGGUGACAAAUUAACGGAUUCUGCUAGAGUGCGCAGGGCUUUCUUUCUUUCUUUUUGCUGUUCGGUUUUAAUUUAAUACAUUCUAUUCUAAUGUUUUAUCCUUUUUCCCAUUGGAUAAAAAAAAGAUACCCUAAUGAAAUGAUUUGAUAGUCUCAGCGGUAUGCUCUGAAUUGUUACGAUUUCUCUCAUUUUUUGUACAUCACAAGCAGAAAUAUUGCCAAAAUGAUGAAAAGCCAGGGGUACUUAGACUGUUUGAUGCAAGAGUCAGCUUCUAUUUUACUUGCAAAGUUUUGUGAAGAGAACUUCAGGCUAGUAGUUUGCUGCUGUUCAAACUGUACUUUUUAUCUUUGUGUAAUUCUGCAACAAUGAAGAUGUUGCAUUAUUUUAGAGGAGUGUUUCCAGAAUGUCUGGCAGAGGAUAUCUAGAAUGUCUAUCUAGCAGAAGUAGUGGGAGUCAAGACUUUGUUUUCAGCAACUUUCAGACCUCAGGGUUGUACCAGAAAACUCAAGAAGAUACUACUAUAAAACUUGACUAUUGUGCUAAAGCUUUAUUGGUUUUACUCCACUGUAUCUUUUUGUAAAGGGGAAUGCAGGUCUUUAUAUUUUAACAGAUACCAAAGUUUGCUGUAUGCCUCUAUACAAAUGCCUUCCACUGGGAUUUCCUUUAUGUAUCUCCUUUAAAAUCCCAGUGUCUCCAAACCACAUUGAAUUACUUCUCAAAAUGCUCAGCAUGUUAAAUUUGUACUCCAGUAUAAGGUUGGGUGGGCAGGGACAAAACUGCACUAAAAUUAACUUACAGUCCUGCAAUCAAGGGAAAAUCGAAGACUUAAAUUUGAGAGGUCAGACGACUGAAAAUAAAUACAGUGGUACCUCUGGUUACGUACUUAAUUCGUUUUGGAGGUCUGUUCUUAACCUGAAACUGUUCUUAACCUGAGGUACCACUUUAGCUAAUGGGGCCUCCUGCUGCUGCUGCGCUGCCGGAGCACAAUUUCUGUUCUCAUCCUGAAGCAAAGUUCUUAACCUGAGGUACUAUUUCUGGGUUAGCGGAGUCUGUAACCUGAAGCGUAUGUAACCUGAAGCGUAUGUAACCCAAAGUACCACUGUAAUCUGAAGGAUCAUCACCCUUUUGAAACUUCAUUGUAACUUUCAGUUAAAAGUCAGACCAUGGGACAGUUACUGACAACUUAAUUCAUCAUAUCACAACAUAGCAUUAAAGCUGCUGUGUUGAGAGCAUUAUGGUCAGGAAGUGCUCAUUUUAUUGGUAUAGCAUAGAAGUUAUGAACAUGUGUAGGAAGCCCAGCACAUCUUACUUUUAUCACUGGACAAUUCUAGGCAAGUUACGUCUGUGAUAGGGGGUAACAAUACCUUACUGCUUCGUUGCAAGGACCAUAGAGGCAAUGUAUAUGAGGUAUGGUGAUUUUGAUCCAAAGUAUUGUGAGACUCUUUCUGCUCAUAUAAGGAGAUAUUUCUUGCUCCCCCUUUCCCCCACUCCAGAUCCUCCAAAGGCAGGUGGCUUAGCAUUUGGGCAUAACUGUCCACUUCAAGGAGGGCUUUUUUGCCACUGAAGACAGAUCAGCCAAUUCCUUGUUAUCUAAAGACAGGAAGAUGAAUCUGGUCAGCAUGUUGUACAAUACAUGCAGUAGGAAGAAGUACGGUCAGUUUUCAGUGAUGUGCUGUGUAGUCAUCUUUUCGUCCCAACAGCGAGUCUGUUUAGCAUAUUAUUGCUGAUGGUGAAUAUACCUUGGCAGCUCAUAUUUUAAGUCCCAAUUUCUAGUUGCAAAUUCUUAAAAUAGUACAAAGAAAGAACUGCAUGCACAUCCAUUAGUCUAGGGCACAUGCAAGCGCUCAUGUUGCAGCACGGAAGUUACCUUGAGUACUAAGAACUUGAGUAAAGGUAAAGAAUAUGCGUCUCCUAAGAUACUUUUUACAUGGUCUAGAGUUCCAGUUCCCAUGUUAAAUAUCCCCCCCCCUUCCCUACCUGUUUACUGAUCUGAAUGUAAAAAUGAAACCAGUACACAGAUGGGGAAUAAAAUUAUUUUUAAGUAGUCCAAAUUAUUUGGCCCUCUGGAUUUUGAGAGGAAAGUAAAAUGGAGCUGAAUUGAACUGUCUUUCCUGACUUUUAAAAUCUAAUAAAGUCUGUAGGAAAUAGUAGUAUGAGCAAUGUUGACAUUACAUAGAUUUUUCUCUCUUUUUCUCUGAGUGGUUGUCCAAAUAACAGAGCAAGCUAAAUAUCUCCCACAAGUUUUGGAAAAACCUUCAGCAAAGAGAAGGAAAUGAACACAUCCAUAGUUACUAACUCAAGCUCAGUACCCAGAGCACAACUUGAUAAUAUGAUUGUCAAAGUAUCUGUAAAAUUUUCUGUAGCUUGGAUCGAAAGGUCUCACUGCAUGAGAAGAAAAUAUUCCUUAUUGUCUAUUUAGGUUUAUUUCCCUCCUGUCUGCAGCUCAGUUUGCUCCAGAGAGUUGAGAAGACACCCCAGAAUGGCUUAAAUGUCUUUGUUGCAGUGGGAAAUUGGUGGUCCUUCCCCUUACUGUAGGUCAGGCUUCCUCAACCUCGGCCCUCCAGAUGUUUUUGGCCUACAACUCCCAUGAUCCAUAGCUAGAAGCAGCAGUGGUUGGGGAAGAUGGGAAUUGUAGUCUCAAAACAUCUGGAGGGCCAAGGUUGAGGAAGCCUGCUGUAGGUUCUUUAAAUAAAGCCAAUAUAUUUUGACGUGCAGAUAAAGGAAUGUGAAUAUAUUAAAAGGGUAAAUUCUGUUUAUGAUCCUUUCAGAUGUGAGAAAGCAGAAAUCACAGAAGAAGAAAGCGUCGGACAGAGAUGCCAAGAGAAAGCAAGGAAGUCGUAAGAAACAGCCUGACAGGAAAAAAGAGAAGAGGCAGCCUGAGAGGGAAAAUGGUGCUGAGAGGAAUGCUGACAGGAAUUCAAGAGACUUAAGUCGGAGAGAUGAUGCACCACAGAAACUCUCCCAUGACAGAGAUUAUUCCGCUGACAGGAACACCUACAGCGGUGGAAAGGACAGGGAUCAGGAAAGAAAUAUGCCUUCGGAAAGCAAAAGUAGCCAAUCUAAGAAGAAGAGGGCCGAAAGGCAGAAUUCUUUUUCUGAAAACGAAGGGAGGGACAGUCGCCGUGAUAAGGAUGGUGAACUCCACAGACGGAGGAAAGACAGAUCAAAGUCUAGAGAGAGACCCCGUAACUAUCCCAAUCCCAGGAUGGAUGAGCCCAGGCAAUAUCCGGACCAAUUUAAAGAGUCAAGGAGAGAUGAGGGCAGGCGAAAGCACAGGGGCGAUUCCCCACAUAGGCGCAAAUGACUCUAGUAGACUGCUUUUGAAAUGCAAAUACUUCUGCCUUGUGGUGAAAGCUGUAUUUUUUGCAACAUACGGAACAUCUUUAAAGGACUUUUUGUACAAAGUACUUGUAAACAUCAUUGGAAUUUUGAAUGUUUCCAGUAACCCAUCUUUUUAUGAUCGCUGCUUACAGGUUUUUGACUCCAGGAGCAAUCAAAUGUAGUUUAUUUUGAUAAUAAAACAGUCAAGCAAUUUGUUUUACUGAAAUAUUAGUGCUUUACAAACUUGUUUGUAAAUUUUAUUUAUGUUCUUUAAAAGUGCUACACAUUCCUUAGUUUUCGUUCUUUAGGUGAUUUUCCAAUUAUGGUACAGACGUUAAAAGGUUUCAUGUCAGAAAUAACAAAUCCCCUGUAUUUGUUUGUACUGCAGAACAACAUUGAUAGCGGUUUUUUAUUAGUUUUGAUGAGAAAACUGCAACCUGCUGCUUAGAAUUUAGACAUUACAGAACUCAGUUGUGUAUGUUUACACCUGAUAAUCCCACAUUGUUCACAUUCAGAGCUUCAAAAAAGUUCAGAAAACUAAUGUGAGGCUUUGGUUUCAUCAGAUCUGGAGGGAAUAAGCAUCAACUAUGUUAAAAAUCUGUUAAUGGAUCAAGUUCUGCUCUUGGAAAUGCAGUUGAGAAUAGGUGACAAUUUUUAAAAGCUGGCCUACACAGCUGAUAACAUUUUAUUUUAUUUUUCUUUAGAUCUUAAAAACCUGUUGUUCAGAGAGUGCCAAUACCAGAGUUCUCUUCUAGCUGAAACAGAACAGUGUCUUAGAUGUUUUCAGCAUAUUUGGGGCAAGAUUGGAUAUGUCAUUUGAAUUAGGACUAAAAUAACCAAAGAUUGCUGGAUGUUUAUUAGUUUCUUUUGUUAAAAAAAAAUGGAUUCAUGGGUUUGGAGAGAUUUAUAUGAAGAUGGCAUGUGGAUUUCUCAAGUAUUAUUUCACUACCACUGAAAAGUGUAUAAUUAUGGAAAAUGAGACACGGUUGAGAUUUUGAAUUGCUUUCAUUCAAGGCUCAAUGUUAUCAUAUGGUGUCUUGAUUGUACAGUGGAUUUCCUCUUUCUUUGCUUCCCCCCAGCAAUCUCAAAGAAUCUGCUCAGGAUGGUUGGUGGACCAACCAGAGAUAUGGGGGGUGGGGGUGGGAGAGAGAGAUGCAGAGAGGCAGGAGAAAUCCCAUUGUAUUUGCUCACAUGAUGCUGGAUCUUGCUCAGGGGUUUUUCCUCUUCUGAUUUUAAGAUCACCCCUAUAUAUAUAUAUAUAUAUAUAUAUAUAUAUAUAUAUAUACCUUUUUAAUGUGGUUUUGAUGAGCAUUUCAACUUGCAUCAAAAUCAGAACUAAAUACUUAAAGAUAAUGGCAAACUUUCUGGAUACCAGCCAUAUAGAUAAUGGUAUUGCUCUAUAAUCUCUUUGAAUAAUUGACUCCCCCCCCCCCCCCAAUAAACAUGAACAAUCACUUCGGCUUUUCCAACACUGAGGGUAGCACAAGUGAAGCGGCUUUGAAAAUUGUUCUAUCUCCGUCAAACAUAAACGUGAAUCGGGGGAGGGAAUCAAUUCUCCCGCCAAUUUGGGAGGAAUUCAACAUUGCUGUCUUUUGACCCUUCCAUCAGAGCAAGCAUUUCUGAUUGCCAAACAGAACGAUUCCACCCUCCUCCCCUCUGUGCACUGUUCUGGGGUUUUUUUCCUGACUACAAGGAGCAAAACAGCUAUUGGCAGACCAGAAGUCCCUUAGAUUGUUCACCUGUCUGUGUAAACUGCAAGUUGGCCUUUUUUUAAUUCUCCCCCACUUCCCCAUAAUGUCAGUUGUUGGCCAAAAUUCUCAUAUUAUGAAGUUGUGAUUAAAUAUAAAACUUGACUUCAGCUAGAACAACUCUGAUCUGAAGCGCUUGAAUGAAUGGAAUGGCAAACUCCCGUUUAUUCUUUUCCCUCUUCCCUCUUUGUACUUCUCUUCGUGUAGAUUUAUAGGGUGGGAUUCACCUAAUUUAUCAGCAGACGCUGUACACAUCUGGCAAGCUGAAAUGCUGGUGCAGAUGCAAUGUUUUCUCAUAGCGCAGUAUUGAAUUCCACCCGCAGUCUGCCAAACGAGAACAGUAUUUUUUACAUUGGACAUGGUGAAACUCUCUAGUCCAUGAAGUAAAUGUUUCUUUUAGCCUUAUAAGUGCCAUUUAAGAUACUCUUCGUUGUAACUGACUAAUACAGCUUAUCCCUCUGGGGCAGAAAUCAGUGUGACUUCUUUCACAUAAUGUAUUGGACACUGCGAUGCAAAAAAAAUGGGAGGGAAUCUAAUGCACCUUAAUUGAUGCAGACCAAGAUGCAGUAACAGCUGUCACAAAACUGGUUAGCCAUUACUUGCCCCAGGGACCACAAAGGCUUCUUGUUAAAGAAUUGAAAAUCUGAAAGCCCUCCGAUCUGCAGUUCUGGUUGUGAAGCCACUGUCUUAACAGGUAUUCCAAAUUUUUCUCUGUGCCUAUUUCUGUUUUCGCAUUUGGAAUUCAUUUUCCUAAAUAAAAUCUGUAAUCUGGACAUG